AUGACACCGCAAGAAGUUGCCGCUCUCCUCCAGGAGUACGGUGGUGGUGAUAAACAAAGCGGCCUCGAGGGUUCAUCGGAUCCGUCUGAUAUCCGUCUGAAAAGGGCAGAACUGCUCUCCAACGUUCUGGCUGCCUGCAGAGAUGCCUGGUCAACUAAGUCUGAGCAGCUGGAUUUGAUAGCAGAGAAACUUGGGGAUGGAAGUCGAGAUGUGGCAUGGCGUCUCCCAUACGGAGAUUCCGGAAUCCUGGACUUCUUUCUCGACUUGUUAGAUGAGGGUGGCCUGAGACAAAAGCUUCGCAUACACUCUCUUCGUUUGAUAGGGAAUUCUUGCGCUGAUACCGAUGAGAAUCGGGCUCGAGUGGUGCAAGACAAUCGGCUAUUGGCAAUCACUAGACAUGUGAAGGAUGAAAGCAUAAUACCGUUCAACAUUCCGGUCAUUUACAACAUUCUGGUUGAUUAUGAUCCUGCUCAAGUCCUGGCCUCAAAAUCGCGCCUCAGCCAACAACUCGUCCACCUUCUAUCUCUGCCACAAAUCUCCAAAUACGCCCCAUUUGUUCCAUAUAUUUGCAAGAUCUUGGCUCUCCUCGUGUCACAAGAAGGAGAGUGCGCCGUUGCAGAUCCAUCCACAGUAGAGGUUCUUCUCAAACUGGCUAAUCAGCCAAAGGCAAAAGAGGAUGUUGACGAGUUCAUUGCUAUUGUAGGAGUGGCCGUGGCCUACCUAGCUAAUAAAGAUUUUCAGUCCAGGGUGGUAUCGGAAAUGCAAAUGGGGCUGUUUAUGGAUGCCUUCUACCAUGCUCAUGCUGGUUUGAAUGUUGCCGACGUUGACGAUGAAGACACUGUCACGCAACUGAAGCAAUUACGGACUUCCUUGCUCUCAACUCUGGCCGAUAUUUCCGGCAACGACGCCUUCGCCACGGCCUACCCGUUAUCAGAUGCUGUACCGCAAUCCUUCCUGGCCUGGAUUCGAGGGAACAAUCCCUUCUUGCAGUCUGCUGGCUGCUUAGCCUUGGGUAAUCUAUCUCGUUCUGACAAAACCUCGAUUGCCUUGGUAGACACAUACGGAGCACAUGAGCCUCUUGUCAGGCUCUUAUCCAACUCUGCCGUCACCGAGACUCAACUCCUCCAUGCAGCCUGCUCAUUCCUCAAAAAUCUAGCAAUCCCCACAGCGAACAAACCUCAACUAAAAGACCUCCUACUUCCACACUGUGUUCCAAGAAUAUACUCUCUUGACGCAUUACCGCAGAUCCAAUUCGCAGCAGUAUCUCUUACGCGUCUGCUCCUACUCAACUGCCCUUCCAACGUUCGCCAGAUCUGCGCCAGCGCGGACACCGCCCCGACGGAGCUAUCCAGCGCAAGUGGUAUAAUAUCCCUAUUCAGACGCUCGGACGCGGAACCAACCAAGCUUGAGGCAGCCAGAUGUGUGGCAGGAAUUUGUCGAGUACUUCACUCUUCACCCGUGUCCGAAAUUCUGGAAAACCUAGGAUCUGACGACAACACUGAUGAGAGCAAAUUAUCAAACUUCUACAAGGAGAAUCAUGUCGAAAACCCGUUGAGGUUUCUCAUAACUCAAGGUAAAUGGCCGUCUCUCCGCUCCGAAGCUUGGUUCGUCUUUGCCCUCAUGUCACGGUCUGAGAGUGGUGCGAGGGUGGUGCUAUCCGUGUUGGGUGACAAGGCAGCAGAGAGUGCCUUGAUUGAAACAAUCACGGGCCAAGAGCUAGAAAACAAAGAAGGUGCCGCUGCUCAUGGCGAGUCCAAAGAUUCAGAACCACACCCAGAGUUGUCAUCUGCCGCAGGUGAGUUGCAGCUGGAACCUCAACAAGUCGACCCGAAGCAAAAGGAAAACAUGGCAAAGGUGGACAGAGAAAAUGCACUCGUACUAUGUACCCAGUUGUUGAAGGUUGCAAAAAGCGAGCUAGCGCCAGAGAAACUUGCUUCAUUGCAACGUCUCGUCCGGGAUGGAACCCAUCUUGUUGUUACCGAUAGAACCAAAGCACAUUCUUCCUAG